AUGGCCCCCGAGAUGGACCAGUUCUACAGGUCCACCAUGGCUAUCUACAAGAGCAUCACGGACCAGUUUAACCCUGCCCUGGAGAACCUGGUGUACCUCGGGAACAACUACCUGCGGGCCUUCCAUGCUCUGUCCCAGGCGGCUGAGGUGUACUUCAGCGCCAUCCAGAAGAUCGGGGAGCAGGCCCUGCAGAGCUCUACCUCGCAGAUUCUGGGGGAGAUCCUGGUGCAGAUGUCGGACACGCAGCGGCACUUGAACUCCGACCUGGAGGUGGUGGUGCAGACAUUCCACGGAGAUCUGCUACAGCACAUGGAGAAGAAUACCAAGCUGGACAUGCAGUUCAUCAAAGACAGCCGCCAGCACUACGAGAGGGAGUAUCACCACCGAGCCACCAACCUGGAGAAGUGCAUGUCUGAGCUGUGGCGCAUGGAACGCAAGAGGGACAAGAAUGUGCGGGAGAUGAAGGAGAGUGUGAACCGGCUACACGCACAGAUGCAGGCCUUCGUGUCUGAGAGUCAGCGGGCAGCUGAACUGGAAGAGAAGCGGCGCUAUCGUUUCCUGGCCGAGAAGCACCUGCUGCUUUCCAACACCUUCUUGCAGUUUUUUGGCCGGGCCCGGGGCGUGCUCCAGAACCGCGUUCUGCUGUGGAAGGAGCAGUCGGAGGCCAGUCGCAGCCCGUCGCGCGCCCACUCCCCGGGCCUGCUGGGCCCUGUACUGGGGCCGCCCUACCCCUCGGGCCGCCUGACGCCCACCCGCCUGGACAUGCCCCCGAGGCCCCUGGCGGAGUUCAGCUCCCCUCGCAGCCGGCACGGCUCCGGCUCCUACGGCCCCGAGCCCGUCGAGGCGAGGUCCGCGUCGCAGCUGGAGCCCGAUCGCCGGUCGCUGCCCCGGACGCCGUCCGCCUCUUCGCUCUACGCCAGCGGCAACCAGCGCUCCCGCUCCAACUCCUUUGGCGAGCGCCCGGGCGGCGGGGGCGGGGGCGGGGGCGCCCGGAGGGUCCGCGCCCUUGUCUCGCACUCGGAGGGCGCCAACCACACGCUGCUGCGCUUCUCUGCUGGAGACGUCGUGGAGGUGCUUGUGCCAGAGGCCCAGAACGGCUGGCUCUACGGCAAGCUGGAGGGCUCUUCCGCGAGCGGCUGGUUCCCCGAGGCCUAUGUGAAGCCCCUGGAGGAGGUGCCCGUGAGCCCCAUUAACCCCUUGAACCCGGUGACCUCCAUGAACCCGAUGAGCCCUAUGAAUGAGCUUCCUUCCAGAUCCUACCCGCUCCGGGGCAGCCACAGCCUUGAUGACCUCCUGGACCGGCCGGGCAACUCUACAGCCCCCUCGGAGUACUGGGACGGCCAGUCCCGCUCCCGGACCCCAACCCGCAUCCCCAGCCGCGCCCCCAGCCCUGCACCCACACCCCUGCCUGACAGCCGCCGGAGCAGCAUGGGCAGCCCGGGGGUAGCCAGUGAUGUCAAGAAACUUAUGUCCUGGGAGCAGCACCCUCCAGAGCUCUUCCCUCGGGGCACGAACCCCUUCGCCACCGUAAAGCUGCGUCCCACGGUCACCAACGACCGCUCGGCACCCCUCAUCCGCUGAGACGCCUUCCUCUGGCAGGAGGCUGAGGU